GAUAGUGUCACUUCUGUAGCGAUAAAAAUAAAGAAUGAUAAAACCAUUUUCGCGAAGUGCUUGCCAAUAUCUCGAAAAUGAAGUGGUGUGUCGUAUUGAAUAUCUUCAUAUUUUUGACCCGCGGUUUGUACACAGCUACUGAACGCACUUCUGAGCGGAACCAUCGAAAGAAUCGGCUGCCACAGAAGGAAGACACGUCAUCGGACCUUUCAAUGACAUCGGCCGUGACUGGAGUCCUGAUCCUUCUGACACCUAACAUACUCGUCUGGGUGGUGUACUUUGUUUGCGGUUUGGGAUCUUCCACCGAAGAAUUCUACCGGCUUGGCUUCCUUCGGUUUACGUACAACGCCUGGACUGCUCCGGGCGGCUUCACCUAUGACUUGUGGAUGUGGAUUCUACUGUUAGCCGUGUACGCCGCUGCCGGACUGCUUUUCUUACCGGGAGACGUCUUCCAUGGACCGACCACGAACAGCGGACACACGCCGGCGUACCGACACACGGCAGUUCCCUACUACAUUCUGAGCAUGGGAAUUGCGGGAUAUCUGUUGCUCGUCCGAGACAUUCCUUGCUGGCCCAUCUACCGCAUGUUUCCCGGCAUCGCCGUGGGAAUCACAAUUUUCGGGCUUCUGGUUUGUGCGCUGCUCUACGUCAAGGGCACGCUGUGGCCCUCCCCUGGCGAGUCGGGAUCUUCGGGAAGCCGCGUGUUCGAUUUUUACUGGGGCUUAGAGCUCUACCCUAGGAUUGGGAAGCACCUGGACAUCAAGCAGUGGUCCAUCUGCCGCGUGGCGUUGGCAGUGUGGCAGUUCUUUGUACUUGUCAGCUGGAAGGCGCAAGUGGAGCACAGCGGGUGGAACUGGUUAAUGGCCGCGUCUGCCAUUUUACAAUCGUCCUAUAUAUUAAAGUGCAUCUUGGCUGAAGACUGGUACAUCAACGGCUUCGAAUUCGCCAGGGACAGAGCAGGACACUACCUCGUGUUCGGUUCCAUGAGCUUCCAAGGAAUCUACUACUCCGUGACAAGCAUGUACCUUGUCGAACACUGUCCCGAAAACAGCGCUCUUCUCGGUCUCAGCGUGAUUGUGCUAGGUUUCGCAAUGACCGCUCUCAACUACUGGGCAGACCGUCAGAAGACCGUGGCCAGGGAAUCGGACGGAAAAUGCAUUAUAUGGGGCUCCCCUGCCAAGAUCCUCCGGGCCAAGUACCUGGACGAACACGGCAAGGAAAAGACGAGUCUUCUGCUGGCUUCUGGUUUCUGGUCCAUCAGCCGUCACAUGAACUACCUCUUCGACGUGCUCGGCGCCUUCUGCUGGGCACUACCGGCUGGAACAGGAAGCGUGAUACCUUACCUGUUGCCGCUCUUCGUGACCGGCUUUAUGUUGCACCGAAGCUGGAGAGACGAGGAUAAGUGCUCGAAGAAGUAUAAGGAGUACUGGACCGAAUACUGCUCUAUCGUAAAAUAUCAACUGAUACCUUUCGUGUUUUAAGGGUCGCCUUUAUAUUAGAAAAUCGCCAAGCACAAAACGACGGUGAAGCCGAACUCAGAAGUGCAGUUUGGGGCGGAUAUGAGACUGCAGGGUGGCAAACAAUGAAUAUGUGUUUUGUCGGCUUGCGUUCAGUGUGUUUAUGGUGUGUCUACAUAACGGCGCUGACGGUGCUCAUAUUUUGAUCGGAAAUAGAACGCCUUAGUGAUUUUAUUUGGUGACGAAGAAACCUGAAAUCAUGCAUAAUUUUGCUUGCAUUUCUUUACAACUUUAACGAUUUUCAUUACUUAAUGAAAGGUGCCUUGUUUUUCUUUUUUUACAAUAAUUGAAGACGGAUAAAUUCACUGCGUUUAUCUUAACUAGUGUAGUUCUCAGUAAGUAUAAUCUUUUUUUAAUAAAUGAAAAAUAAUCGA